CCUUGCGCGCGGUAAUAUGGCGGCGUCCAGGUGGAGGUCUUGAAGGAACUAAGUCAGGAUGGCGUUGGCGUCGGGGACCGCAAGGCGUGCGCUGGUUCUCCCUGUGCCACUCGGUCUUGGGGGCUGCGGCAUCCCGACACGCGGGGCGUACGAAUGGGGCGUGCGCUCCACGCGGAAGCCCGAGCCUCCUCCCCUGGACAGGGUGUACGAGAUCCCUGGGCUGGAGCCCAUCACCUACGCGGGGAAGAUGCACUUCAUGCCGGGGCUGGCGCGGCCGGUUUUCCCGCCCUGGGACCCUGGCUGGACGCACCCAAAGUUCCGCCGCCCGACCCCGAUUCACGAGCAGCCGCUGUACAAGGAGCAGGCCUGCUACGUCUUCCACCAGCGUUGCCGCCUCCUCGAGGGUGUAAAGCAGGCCCUCUGGCUUACCAAGGCCAAGUUAAUAGAAGGCCUUCCCAAGAACGUGCUUAGCCUUGUUGAUCCAAAGAACCACAUAGAGAACCAAGAUGAACGCCUCCUGAAUGUGAUCUCUCAUGCCCGUCUCUGGCACUCCAUGGAAGACACCCCCAAGAGAGAGACCUACUGCCCCGUCAUUGUGGACAGUCUGAUACAGCUGUGUAAAUCCCAGAUUCUCAAGCACCCCUCUCUGGCCAGGCGAAUCUGUGCCCAAAACUACACGUUAUCCACCACCUGGAAUCGAGAGUCUUUUCUCCUUCAGGUCCGUGGUUCGAGCGGAGCCCGCCUGAACAGCAAGGAUCCGCUGCCCGCUGUCGCCUCCAGGGAGGAGGUUGAAGCUACUAAGAAUCACGUUCUUGAGACUUUCUAUCCCAUAUCCCCCACUAUCGAUCUUGAGGAAUGCAACGUUUAUGAUGUGAAGGACAAUACAGGAUUCCAGGAGGGUUAUCCUUACCCGCAUCCCCACACCUUGUAUUUUCUGGAGACAGCCAGUUUACGGCCACACCGCUUCCAACCAGAUCAGCUGCGGGCCAAGAUGAUCCUGUUUGCCUUUGGCAAUGCGCUGGUUCAGGCCCGGUGCCUCUAUGGGAGUGACCCUAAAGUUUUGGAGCAGCCGGUAGUUGUGCAGAGCGUGGGCACCGAUGGACGCGUCUUCCAGUUCCUGGUGUUGCAGCUGAAUACCACAGACCUGGCCUCUGACGAGGGCGUCAAGAAUCUGGUCUGGGUGGACUCUGACCAGCUCCUCUAUCAGCAUUUUUGGUGUCGCCCGGUAAUCAAAAAGAAGGUGGUUGUGGAACCUGUUGGGCCGACUGGUUUCCAGCCAGAGACAUUCAGGAAGUUCUUAGCUCUGUAUUUGCACGGUGCCGUGUGAGCCAAGGCGCACUCAGGUCUGAAGGCCCCCUUGCCCCCUCCUGUGGAAGACCCUGUGUCCAGGGCAGUGCCUGCCCCGAGCCUUAGUGCUUCCUGGGCCCUCUGGUUUGGUUGCCAAUAAAGAGCCCGUGUGGGGCCCCAGAGCCUGCGGCUGGUGUGGGGUGCUGUUCCGAGGGGCGCCUGUGGCUGCGUGUAGGCAGCGUGCCACACAGGUGCGGGCCUGGGAGCCUGACCCAGCUCUGCCCAGCUGAGCUUUAGAGAACAGUCUUCAUCUCUUGAGUUUCACUUUCUUCACCUGAAACUUGAGGAUAAUGUGACCUCCCUUGUUCUGCAGACUGUAGAUGAUAUGUACCAUCUGUCAUGUAAAAGGUGCUCUCUGACACUCGUGGGCUCUUAUGGGACCCCUCGAUUGUGGGCACGUUCCAUGAUUGCAGGAAAUCUGAAUAAAGUAUUCAUUGUAGAUUUC